AUGUCACGAAAACGAUCUAAAUAUUUAGUGGAUUUAGCCAAAAAGGAGAAAAAUUCAUUGAAGAGUUUUGAUAAAAAUGGUGAGAUACCACUUCAUACUGACGAGAGAGAAUCCUCGCCAUUACCUGCUGAAGUUGAUAAUCCUGAAUUCGUGGCUUUGUAUAAUCACGUCAUGUUUGAAGAGCCUAUUCAAGAGCAUGAUUAUUCUAUAGUCAGUUCUGCAAGCCGAGAUAUAGAAAAUUACAAAAAUGAUGUAGUAUUACAAGAUAUAAAUUUGAAUGACUUGGGGGCUCCUAAAACUCCACUUAAUAUUUAUUCACCAAAUGUAUUGACUUCAACCCAAAAACUUUCUCCAUUGACAUUAACUUCACCAAUUAUCGAACCUUUGUUUUCAUUCGUCUCUAAUGAUGCUUCUGACAGCAUAGAUAAUACCCUCGUACCUUCACCUUAUAGUAAUUUUUCGGAAUCUUCACAAAGUUUAAACGGUACCUUAGUGCCGACUUCUUGCCAAGAAGCCGAAGAUAGAACACUCACACCAGAAAUCAGUACUUCCAUCCAGGAAAGUCUUCCCGAUUCGCAUAUGGUUAACUGCCUCAGCAAUAACACGAAUUCAGUAUCGGCAAUAUCUACUCCCUGUAAUUCAAUUUCCUCGCCUGCAACGUUUAAUUAUAGUGACUAUUCUGCAGUAUCGACCCCAAAAAAUAAUAAACGUAGAUCUAAAAAAAGAACUGAUGUGGGUCUCAAACGUCUUAAACUUGAAGAUGAGUGGAAAAAUAGAAAGAGAAAACGUUUGUGUAACAAAGGAUUGCAGUAUACUACGUCAAAAGGGAGAACUAAAGCACCAAGAAGCAUUAAAGUCAGUUUUGUCAAUUGUCGUCUGCAAUGCUAUAAUAAAAUAAGCCAAGAAGUUCGUAUUGACCUUUCUGAUAAGUUUUGGGAUACCGAUGAUCACCAAAACAAUGGCAAAUCAUUGCCAAAUAUGUAA